AUGGAUCUCUCGCUCUACCGCUACAACGCCUCCAUGAUGGAAUACUACUCUUGUCACGGCGGCGUCAACCAAUUGGGCGGCGUCUUCGUGAACGGGCGCCCGUUGCCAGACGUCGUGCGCUCCCGCAUCGUGGAGCUCGCGCACCAGGGCGUGCGGCCGUGCGACAUCAGCAGACAGCUCCGCGUCAGCCACGGCUGCGUCUCCAAAAUCCUCGGCCGCUAUUACGAAACGGGUUCAAUAAAGCCCGGAGUGAUCGGCGGCUCCAAGCCGAAGGUGGCCACUCCGCGCGUGGUGGACGCCAUCGCCAACUACAAGAAGUCCAACCCCACCAUGUUCGCGUGGGAGAUCCGCGACCGCUUAUUGUCGGACGCGAUCUGCGACUCCGACAACAUUCCCAGCGUUUCCAGCAUUAAUCGCAUCGUCAGGAACAAAGCGGCCGAAAAGGCGAAACACGUGCACCACCACAGCUCCCACCAGCAGCAGCAGCAGCACACGACCGCGUCGCCCCCCACGACGCCCAAGAGCGACAACCAGACGUCUGUGAUCGUGCAGUCGUCGCAACAGCAGUCCAUGUACUCCAUCAACGGCAUUCUGGGCAUCAAUGCGGAGAACGCGGACCGAAAGGGCAAACGCAACGAAGUGCAACACGAGGCCAACAACGGCCACAACGGUAAGCCAGCAUUCCUGUGCGCUCCUGUACUCAACGUGUGCUCAAAAACAGAGUCAACGUCGCGUUCGCCUCAACACGACUUCAAGGCGACGCAAGUGGAGUCCAAAGCGACGCCACAGACGACCGCCGCGUCGUCCGACUACUGGACGCAAAGCGCGCAGCAAUUGUCGGCAUAUUCUGGUCAAACGGCGCCGGCGGACGCGCCCCCUCCGCCCCCGCCGCCGCCCCCACAUUCCUCCGAGCAGCUGAGCACCGGUCAGGCGGCCGUCAGCGCGUCCAUCACCUCUCAUCCCCAUUACGAGACGACCACUCUCUACACGCCACCUAUCGAGCAAUCCAUAACUUACCACGAGUUGGACAAGAUCGGCGGAAACGACUUCUUCUACUCCGCGACCGCAAACGCCGGAUAUCCGCCGCAGCCCACCGGUAACCGCCGUCAGAGUCAUUGUGAUACUAACCCCCUAUUCUCAGGUUCGACGGCGACUCCCGGCGACUACUACUACUCGCCGUAUUACGCGAACCCGAGUUACGGAACGCAAACCUAUUCGCAAUCUCUGCAGAACCCGAACCAGAACCCGCUCGCCAUCAACCCGUACUACUACUCGGCGGUGAACUCGAUGGCCAGCAUGCAGAGGACGUCGCCGCCGCCCGUCGCGCGCACAACAGUCACGCUUUGA